AUGGAUGACAAGAAGAACGAAGAUGUUGAGAUGCGCAAUUUCAAUGGGCGCUCAUCCCCAUCUCAACGCGAUCCUUUUAUAUCCAAGCCAGGGGCGGCCAAAAGAGGGGGUUCUUCCUUUGACCUCUCCAAUGUCACGAAUAGUCCUGGGAUUUCCAUUCUUGCCUACUGUUUGGCAUCAAUUUCUAUGACCGUGACCAAUAAAUACUGUGUCUCGGGUUCAAAUUGGAAUUUGAACUUCUUUUAUCUCGCUAUUCAGUCUGUUGUAUGUAUCAUUGCGAUUAUCAUCUGCAAACAAGCAGGCUUGAUCACAAAUCUUGCACCAUUUGACACCAAGAAGGCGAAAACAUGGUUCCCUAUCUCACUCCUCCUCGUCGGCAUGAUUUACACCAGCACAAAGGCUCUUCAAUUCCUUUCAGUUCCCGUCUACACAAUCUUCAAGAACUUGACAAUCAUUGUGAUCGCAUAUGGUGAGGUUUUGUGGUUUGGAGGAAGUGUCACUCCUUCAGCUCUCUUCUCAUUCGGUCUUAUGGUUCUCAGCUCCGUCGUUGCUGCUUGGGCCGAUAUCCAACACGCUUUGUAUGGAGGUGGUGCUACACAAACCAAGGAAGCUGCCGAUGCUCUCUCGACAUUGAAUGCUGGAUAUGCAUGGAUGGGUAUGAAUGUUUUCUGCACUGCAGCAUACGUUUUGUCCAUGCGUAAGGUUAUCAAGAAGAUGAACUUCAAGGACUGGGACACUAUGUUCUACAACAACCUCCUUACCAUCCCUGUCCUCUUCGUUUGCUCGUUCGUUUUCGAAAACUGGUCAUCCGAAAAUCUCACCAAGAACUUCCCACUUGAGACCCGAAACAAUCUCAUUCUUGGCAUGAUCUACUCUGGACUCGCUACUAUCUUCAUCUCAUACUGCUCGGCUUGGUGUAUCCGUGUCACUUCUUCAACAACCUACUCCAUGGUUGGUGCUCUUAACAAGUUGCCAAUCGCUGUCAGUGGUCUCGUUUUCUUCGCAGCUCCUGUCACAUUCGGAAGUGUUUCCGCCAUUUUCAUCGGUUUCGUCAGUGGUAUCGUUUAUGCAUGGGCAAAGGUUAGACAAAACCAAUCGAAGGGAAGUGUUCUUCCUACAACACAACCGGUUAUGAGCGCGAGUUCCCAGAGCAAUCGUGAUGCUGCAAAGGCAUAA